AUGAUCGCCUUCUUCGUCAUCGCUCUCGCCGCUGCCGCCCAGGCUGGAAACCUCUACGGAGGAUACGCCGCCCCCGCCUACGCCGCCGCCCCGGUCGCAUAUGCAGCUCCCGCUUACGCUGCCGCCCCCGUCAUCGCGAAAGCUCCCGUCUUCGCUGCCCCCGUGGUCGCUAAGGCUCCGAUCGCCACCUCUGUUCGUUACGAGAGCCGUGCCUACGCUGCCCCCGUGAUCGCCAAGGCUCCCAUCGCUGUUGCCGCUCCCGUCGCCUACGCUCACGCUCCUCUCGUCGCCAAGGCUCCCGUCGCCUACGCUCACGCUCCCCUCGUCGCCAAGGCUCCCAUCGCCUACGGAGCUGCCCCCGUCGCCUACGGAGCCGCCUGGUAA